AUGGCCGGCGGCGGCGCCAAAGCCGACGGCGCGGAGGAGAUAACGCUGGAGCACACGCCCACGUGGAUCGUCGCCUCCGUAUGCUCCAUCAUCGUCGUCAUCUCCCUGCUCUUCGAGCGACUGCUCCACCGCCUCGGCAAGAGGCUAACAAAAGGCCGCCGGAAGCCACUGUAUGAUGCCCUCCUCAAGGUCAAAGAAGAGCUGAUGCUGCUGGGGUUCAUCUCCCUGCUGCUCAACGUGUUCCAGGGCGCCACGCAGAAGAUAUGCGUCCGGGAGAGCGUGAUGCACCACCUCUUGCCCUGCUCGCUCCCCGCCGCCGCCGCCAAGACCACCGCGCACUUCGUGCUCGCCGGCGGCACGAGGAGGCUCCUGGCGGGAGGAGGCGCCUCCAGUGACUACUGCCUCAACAAGGGCAAAGUUCCAAUUCUUUCGACAACUGCCAUUCAUGAGUUGCACAUAUUUAUCUUCGUCUUGGCAGUCACGCAUGUGGUUCUCAGUGCUGUUACAAUUAUUCUUGGAAUCACACAGACAAGAAAUUGGAAAUAUUGGGAGGAGAAGAUCCAGCAAAACGAUGAUAGUGCUCCUCAAAUGAUCAAGCAUGUGCAAGAAUUCAAAUUUAUUAAAAGUCACUUCAGAGGUCAUGGAAAACGAUGGGAAAUAUUCGGCUGGCUGCGCUCUUUUUUCAAACAAUUCUAUGGGUCAGUCACUGAGGAGGACUACACAACCCUGCGACUUGGCUUCAUCAUGAAACACUGCAGGGGACAUCCAAAAUUCAACUUUUAUAAUUAUAUGAAUAGAGCAUUGGAAGUGGAUUUCAAGAAAGUCGUUGGCAUAAGCUGGUACCUUUGGGCUAUGCUAAUGAUAUUCUUGCUACUUAAUGUUCAUGGAUGGUACGUCUACAUUUGGAUAACAGUAGUCCCAUUCAUUUUGCUACUUGUGCUCGGAAGUAAGAUGGAGCAUAUUAUCACGGAGUUGGCUCUUGAGGUUACCCAAAAGCAUACGGCAAUACAAGGGGUUCUAGUUGUAACUCCUUCAGAUGAACUCUUUUGGUUCCACCGUCCUAAACUAGUCCUUCUCUUGAUUCAUAUCAUCUUGUUCCAAAAUGCAUUUGAAAUUGCAUUGUUCUUUUGGUUGUGGGUAACAUAUGGGUUUAAUUCCUGCAUUUUGGGAAAACCGGUAUAUGUUAUUACUCGUGUGGUGCUAAGUGUCAUCAGCCAACUCCUAUGUGGAUACAGCACCCUACCUCUCUAUGCUCUCAUCUCUCAAAUGGGAAGUUCUUUCAAGAAGGCGAUCUUCGAUGAUAAUAUCUCCCAAGGCCUUACCAAUUGGGCAGAAAAUGCUAGGAGGCGUAAUAGAAUGCCAACAACAAGUGUUGGUGACAAUUCACCUAUUGCUGAGGGAAUUCAAAUGUCAAAUGAGACACGAAGAGAAUCAGCAAUGGAACAAGGAACCACAAGGUUGAUCUAA